GCAGAGCGGAGAGCCGAGCCGCUGCAGCUGCGGCGGCUGCAGCGAAGGCACCAGCGCUGGGGAGGUGGGUCCGCGCGCCCCGGAGCCGGGGCGGCCCCAGGGCCCUCUCGCAGGCCAGCGGCGCGGCUCGGAGGGAGCCGGUGGCGGCCGUGGCGGCAAGAACGGCGACCUUGGCCGGCGGAGUCCCGGGUGUCCGUAGGGCGGAGGCCGAGCCGGAGGGAGGCGCAUCUGGCGCUCGGGUCCCAGCGGCGGCCGGGGGGUCUGGAGCUGCCGGAGAAGCGCUGCGGGAGCUGGGACGUGCUGACCCGUCUGGAGGGCGGACCCCCCGCGUCCCGGAGCCCAGUCUGCGGCGCGGCGGCGGGGCAAAGCCACGCGUUUUUUCGGGCGUCCAGCUGCACACGCGCCAGGCGUUCCAGGUAGCCCAAGCUCUAUUUAGCAUCCGGCGCGGAUAACUGGAGGCGCAGAGGCGAACCCUCCGCACCCAGGUCACCUCCCCAGAACUAGCCUGGCAGAGACCAGGGCCUCGGGGCUCAGGGACCCGACGCCGGGUGGGACCGCGAGCCCCACCCUGAAAAGCAGGCGCCGCCGAGAGCUGGGAGGCUGCGCCGCGCCUGGGAGGUCGUGUCGCGGGCGCCGUCCUAGUGGCGGGGAGCGCACCGCAGAGGGGACAUGCGAUCGGAGAAGUCCCUCACGCUGGCGGCGCCGGGGGAGGUCCGUGGGCCAGAGGGGGAGCAACAGGAUGCGGGCGACUUCCCGGAGGCCAGCGGCGGCGGCGGCGGCGGCUGCUGUAGCAGCGAGCGGCUGGUCAUCAACAUCUCUGGGCUGCGCUUCGAGACGCAGCUACGCACCCUGUCGCUGUUCCCCGACACGCUCCUGGGGGACCCCGGCCGCCGCGUCCGCUUCUUCGACCCUCUGAGGAACGAGUACUUCUUUGACCGCAACCGGCCCAGCUUCGACGCCAUCCUCUACUACUACCAGUCGGGGGGCCGGCUGCGGAGGCCGGUCAACGUGCCGCUGGACAUCUUCCUGGAGGAGAUCCGCUUCUACCAGCUGGGGGACGAGGCUCUGGCGGCCUUCCGCGAGGACGAGGGCUGCCUGCCCGAGGGUGGCGUGGACGAGAAACCGCUGCCCUCCCAGCCCUUCCAGCGCCAGGUGUGGCUGCUCUUCGAGUACCCCGAGAGCUCGGGGCCCGCCCGGGGCAUCGCCAUCGUCUCGGUCCUGGUCAUCCUCAUCUCCAUCGUUAUCUUUUGCCUGGAGACGCUGCCCCAGUUCCGUGCAGAUGGUCGAGGUGGAAGCAAUGGUGGUGGUGUCUCCUCAGUGUCCAAGGGCCGUCAGGAGGAAGAGGAGGAUGAAGAUGAUUCCUAUACAUUCCAUCCUGGCAUCCCCCCCGGGGGAAUGGUGGCAGGGGGCUCAUCCUCACUGAGUACUCUUGGGGGCUCCUUCUUCACUGACCCCUUCUUUCUGGUGGAGACUCUGUGCAUCGUCUGGUUCACCUUCGAGCUGCUGGUGCGCUUCUCCGCCUGCCCCAGCAAGCCAGCCUUCUUCAAAAACAUCAUGAACAUCAUCGACUUGGUGGCCAUCUUCCCCUACUUCAUCACCCUGGGUACCGAGCUGGUGCAGCAGCAGGAACAGCAGUCAGCUAGUGGAGGGGGCGGCCAGAACGGGCAGCAGGCCAUGUCCCUGGCCAUCCUCAGAGUGAUCCGCCUGGUCCGGGUGUUCCGCAUCUUCAAGCUGUCCCGCCACUCCAAGGGGCUGCAGAUCCUGGGCAAGACCCUGCAGGCCUCCAUGCGGGAGCUGGGCCUGCUCAUCUUCUUCCUCUUCAUCGGGGUCAUCCUCUUCUCCAGUGCCGUCUACUUCGCAGAGGCCGACGAUGAUGAUUCGCUCUUUCCCAGCAUCCCGGAUGCCUUCUGGUGGGCAGUGGUUACAAUGACCACCGUAGGUUACGGGGACAUGUACCCCAUGACGGUGGGGGGCAAGAUCGUGGGCUCGCUGUGCGCCAUCGCCGGGGUCCUCACCAUCGCCCUGCCCGUGCCUGUCAUUGUCUCUAACUUCAACUACUUCUACCACCGGGAGACGGAGCAGGAGGAGCAAGGCCAGUAUACCCAUGUCACUUGUGGGCAGCCUGCCCCGGACCUGAAGGCAGCUGACAAUGGACUUGGCAAGCCUGAAUUCUCAGAGGCCACCCGGGAGCGGAGACCCAGCUACCUUCCCACUCCACAUCGGGCAUAUGCAGAGAAAAGGAUGCUCACUGAGGUUUGAGGGAUGCAGGCAGGGCCUGCCUGGAAGGAAGACGCAGAGCAAACAAUCCCUUAGAGCUCCUCCUCAUUCCCUAAUACUCGCACUCCAGCUCCAGGUGACUUCUGACUCCCUCCCCUACACCCCGUGGUUGGCACCAGGACCACACACCUGGACUGUCAACCUUGUUACUCGACCCGUGCAGCAUCCAAGGUUUCUCCAUCUAAAUGACAUUUUUGAAAUUCUCACGGUGCCACCCAUUCGUGCCCAUCUUCUGUCACACGGAUGAGAUUUCCAUCUGGCCUUCCUGCAAGACUGAUUUUUCAUGCCUGGGACUUGUAAUAUCUCUAGGAAGAGUGAUGUCGAUUGGAUGGAAACCAGGCAUCCCUGGGUCCUGUUUCUCCUUGGCAUCCUUGGCUUUGGGGCAUGCACCUAUCUUAGCUUCUGGCCACGUGGUAACUACCAGAAGCUGGUGGACAGAAACAGUACUCCUCCUUUUGUUUUCCUCCAACAGCCUGUAACACCGGCUGGUCAUCCUGCAGAGGACCCUUAGGAGAGCCUUGGGCUGCACAGCAUGAAAAUAUGUUAUUCAUCUCUAAUCUUGGAUAGAAUUAGAGAAACUGCGAUUGCACCUGGCCAUUUGGAGGAUGUGAGAGUCAGUCCUGGAUCAAAGGGGCCAGUAGAUGCUUCCAGGUUGUGAUCUGGAAGCAUCUACAGUAGACAUCAGUCUUUGGUCUCCAGUUAAUUCUCUCCCUCUGAUCCCCUGACUCUCUCUAGCUUCCAGGAAGGCUUCUUCUCAGAGCCAAAUACUCUUUGUGUGCAAGUGCCUUCCUGUGCAGAGGAACUGGCAAAGGGGAACCACAGAGCUGGGAGAAAUGGCUGAAUAGAAUCAAGCGCUGGGCUUGACCUCUUAUCAGAAGAGAGGUACCACUGAGACGAUGCCAUGUCGGGGGGCAGAGGAGUCUUCUGCCGACAGCGGAUUGCUCUCCCUCACUUCCCCCAACCCUCUCUAGCCCUCCAGCCUUCUCUCUGGGAGUCUGACUUAGGAUUGCAGUUGAAGGCUUUCUAAAGCAGACUCCAGCCUAAACCUGCAGACAGAAUGGCCUUGGAGGGAACUAGCUUCUUGAGAGGCAGCCUAGCUGGGCCUCACCGAGGGUCAUACUAGUUUUAGUCCAUGAAAGCACCGUGGGGCACUCACAUCCCCAGAGAGAGGCUCCUCCCAGCUCUAAGAGAGACGGAGAAGUGAUGCUCCUUCCUCCCAAGGAACAGUCUGGCUCCUGGGAGGAAUCUCAUAGGUGGUUCUACUUAAGAUGUCGAAGAAAAACUAAGAGGCUGUGACCUGACCUAGUUCCUGUGAAGGAUUUUGUCAAGUGACCCCCUCUGCCUCUGAGUCUCGAUGUGGAUUUUGCUCCCUGAGCACCAAGAGAAUCUACCCCGUGUUGCCAUGACAGCUGGAGUGGCGAUUUCACAGAUGCCAGCAGAGGGGCUCAGGUCAUCAUUACACCUGACUCAGGCCCGCAGGAGCUCCCAGAGGUCUUCCUGGACCUGUCAAGCUCGGCUGAGAUGGGGAGAUUCCUCCUGCCUGAUCAGCCCCAGGAGAUAAGGGGACAGCUGGCCAUCUUUGCACUCGAGAUGAAGUCUCUCUUAGUUAUUAAGUGAUUUUCAGAUCCUUUUUUUAUUUCAAAGUAGCAAAAUAAACAUUCCUCAGUGUUGGCUGUGUCAGCACCUUGGCUUUAUGACUGGAAAAACAUUGGGCACAGAAAGAUGCUUCUAUAUUAAGGAGAAGCAGGGGAUGCAGACCAGCAGGGACGCUGAACUGUAUCCUCUGGGUCUCUGGCUCCCCAGUUGCAGAGGGAGCCUGUAGAAAAGACAAAGAAAAGAAAAGUUGGUACAAUUCUUUGGUAUUUUCAGAGUAGAAGCUGGCUCUUUCUAUUUCUGGGAAACCCCAAAGGCAGGCAUUGGACUGUGUGCUGGGGUGUUCCCACUGCGCCGCGCAGUGCCUCUGGAUAGAAACGCCUGUCUAGCUCUGCCCGUCCAGCUCAGCCCCGGGAGCUGGGGCUGCAGAUAGGGACCAGGUCCCCUCUGAGCCAGGUCGCAGUCCUGCAUGGCUGCACCAGGUCCUGGUGCUUUUUGGUGUUUGUCCAUCAUCCUCAUCCCAUUUAGUCUCCCUUCCUACUGCUGGUGCAGCCAGAACCCUGGCCAGGGAUAGAGAAAGCCCUGGGGGCUCCGAGUGCACUGUCUGACCUUGAGCAAAUGGCUUGAAGCAUUUUAUUUACUGACUUUAAAGUUGUAUCUGCUCAUUAUGCAAAAUUAGUACAAUUUAGAAAAGUAUAAGGGAGAAAAUGAAAGUUCUCAUAAUUGCACAACCAGAGAUUUUCAGUGUUGGUAUUUUACUGGGUUUUUCUUCCAGACUAGCUCUGUCUCUGCACCUAUAUCUCUACUGAGACCGCUUUGUAUUUUGUUAAAAAAAAAAACCCUCCAUAUUAUGUCUCUGAUUUUCUCAUGCAAUUAUUAUAUAACCAUCACAUAGGUGCACCAUCAUUUGGGUAGCCUAUCCCCUAUUGUGGGACAUUCAGGUUGUUUUCUACCUUUUUGUUCUAAGUGAUGCUACAGUUAACAUUUUUCCUACAGAUAAGUAUUCACAUGUAUGACUGUCUCCUUAGGCUGUAUUCCUACAAGAGUCAAGUGGCAUGAAAAACAGAGCAAAUUAUUUUCUCGGCCUCCGCUUCCUCACGUAUCAUAAAACAACAACAGGAAAAACAGUAGUUAACAGCAGCAGACACUUCCCCAGCAUAGCAUGUGCGGCCACGUUUCUAAGAGCUUUGUGUGUACUGACUCAUUGACUCUCCUGGCAGCUUUGCAAGCAUCCCCACCCCAGAGGAGUCGCUGGUCCAGGGUCACACAGCCAGUAAGUGGGGGGUGAGAUUGCACCCCAGGCAGUCUGGCUCCAGCAUCCUUGCUCUUAACUGCUGUGCUAAUACUGCCCCAUGAGAUGGGGAGCAAUUCCCAGGGUGCCUUUGGGUUCCAAGGUCAUCUGCAUCACGCGAUUCUACACUGGCCACAUUCCCAAGUAGCUCGGCUGCCUGGUGUGAGUUCCUGGCUCCUUGCAUUCUCUUCACCCCUGCAUUUGUGUGUUUAGUGCGGUUGGGGUGUGCGUGUGUGUGUGUGUGUGUGUCUGUGUGUGAUCUUAGGAAUGGAACAGAGCCAGCAGAGAGAUUGUGGAGCAGAAAAACCUGGACAUCUAUUGACAAAACCAUAAAACACUGCUAAUUGGUGUUAUUCAUCAUGUAGAACUCAUCAUUUUGUCCUCUUUUUCUUAAGGUUAUCAGCCUCUUUGGCUGGGAAAAUUGUCACGGUAUAAUUGGGCUGUCACCCCAGUGGAGCAGGAAUGGAAUGGGAUGGGAUGUUCUGUCUGAUGCGCCCCCAUCCCAGAAGCAUACGUCUGUACAUAUUCCCCAAGGAGGGCAUGUCCCCUCCCAGAGCGGCUCUGCCCGCACUGUUCAGAGCAGCGUGAUACUUGCAGAUGUGAUUAUUCACCCUGCAGGGAAGGAGGGAAUUGACAGACUUAGCACAGAAUGACGGUCCAGGCUGCCUUAUUGCAUGUUCAAUACAGACAUUGCCCAGCCUCCCAGAAAUUCUCUUACAGGUGAUCUGGGAGAAGCCGAGACUCUGCUUCUCUAAGACAUUCGCACCACGUGGUUAUCUUCAGGAAGCCUGGGGAGGUCUUAGGUGGUGGGUCUCCACCUUUCCAGGGCUUCCGAAUCACUUGAAAAGCUUUUUUAAAAGUACCACUUUCUGCCCCCUCUGUUGUCUUAACCCCUCCCCGCUCCAGCCCAAUUUGAAUCACUGAUCUAGGAUGGGGUCCAGGAGCAGCAAUUUUAAAAAAGCUUCUCAAGAGAUUGUGGGAUGCAGCCACAGUUGGGGACCGCUAGUCUAAGAGGUUCUAGUGGUAAUGAUUUUACACCUUUACCUUUAAGUGCCCUUCAUAUUGUACAAAGCUCUUUCACAACUGAACAUCACAACAGUCCGCUAAGGCCAGUAGAGUGGGCAUUUUUAUGAUUUUCCGUGGCUCAGAGAGGUUGACUGAGUUGGCCAAGGUUGCACAGCUUCUCCCUAGUCACAGCGGAGUUUCCCUGCCUAGCUCAGGCCAGUCCCACCAGGCCCUUUGGGAGAGGGCAGCCUCUCUGAGGAUCUUCCAGGUGGGAAUCAUCUUAGCCUGCAGCAGCUGCCUCCCUCGGGCAGAGGCUCUUUUCAUUCCCAUCCGCAUCCCUUCUACCGCAGCACCUCUUCCUCCUCAGAGAGCCUCCUCUUGCAAUGUGCCAACACAUCUUUUUCCCAAGCUCCACCCCAUGUAACAGAUAGAUAAUGGCCUCGAGGGACACAGGGGUCCCAGCCCCAGCCCCAGCCCUUCACAGCUGAUCCUGUGCAUUAGCACCUGGUGGAGCAAGCAGAGCCGCCUCCAGCAGCAGCUGCCCCGGGGCCCCCUUCCCUUCUCCCCAGCUGUCACCUUCCAUCCUAGUUCCCUCUUCACCACCAAAGCUUCUCUCCUGCACCCGCUCCCCUCCCACCCUGCCCCCAGCACAGCCUUCAGGCCCACCUGAGUCCUUCCCGUGAGCCCCUGCUGUGGUGGGUCUCCUCUCCGGACAUCGGGGAUGGACUGGCGCUUAAUAAAGUGGACCAAGGAGAGGGAGACAGAAGCAGGUACCUGCAUGUGCCCGCCGCCGUCCUCCGCCAGCAGCAACCACUGGCUCAAAAUCUCUCCUGGCUCAAAGCAACGACUUCUGUGUCUCUUUACUCUUCCUCUCCUGUUCAGACCUCUUCCCUCACGCAGGCUCUGUCCUGGACCGGCUCCCAGUGACUGCAGGCUCUGUGACAGAAUCCUGCCGCUUCAGUUGCUGGGAUGCUGGGAGGGGAAGCGGGGAGGAGGCGGAGUUUCGCCUCAGGACACUGCAGGCUGCAGUGCUGCCCUGGGGGGAGGUGCAGGUGUGGGUCCCCCCCCUUCCCUUCACCUGCUCAGCCGCCUUCACACAGGUGAUGCCACCACCUGGCAGACACCCUUGGAGGACCCUUCUUUCCCUCUCCUGGGCCUGCCCACUGCGUGGGGUUAAUUGCUUUGGUGGGUUGGUGCAGAGGGUUGGUCAAUGUCCUCACCACUUUUGAUCCCCGAGGACCAACUUUCAGGAAAGGCGCGUCGUAGGCUAGCGAGGCUGGCCCCCCAUCUCUUAUACAGCAACUUAGUGCAGAUUUUUCUGCCAGGUGAGAGGAUUUGGAAAGAAGGAAGUGGCAGAUGGAAUGGACAGGCUCUCCUUUUCCAAAACAAAGGAAGCAAAGGUGUAAUUUCCCAGGGCCCGGAACGGAUGGCUUGGUGAAUCUUUACCAUCCUGGUUGGAUGUCGGCAGAGAGAAUGGUUGUUAGUGGGUCCAAGGGCCCGUCACUGUUGCCCCUUAACCGCCCCAUCACCUGCAAGGCUGAGCCUCCAGCAGCCAAGUUAGCACUACGAGACCCCAUUCCCCUGGCACAGUGGAUUGGGGGAGGUUGAACUGGGCCAAUCUGAGCCUCCUUCCUAAGCCGUGAAUUAGGACAGAGACCCUAGUUCCGUCUGGGCUAGUCUCUCUAUGGAAGAGACGGAAAACCUCCCAACCAUGAGAACUGGAAGGGGUCCAAUCCACCGUCCAGCUUCCUUUUCUCGUUUUAUAAAUAAAAAAAAUUGAGGUCCAGAGAUAUCACUUGACAAGCCCAAGGCCACAUGGCUUUGGUGGUUACUUUAUAACAGAGCUGGGUCUGACGUCCAACCGGUUAACUCACUUUCUCUCUUGGCUGAGUCGCAGCGCCUCUACGACGAAUCUCCUGUGAAAGUGUGUGGUAGCUCUGACCAGUCAUCGUCGCCAGGCAGCACGUGGGGGCUUCGUGGGGAGAGCACAGUUGCAGCAUCGGGCUGGGAAAGAAGGGAAGAGGCUGGCACAGAGGUCCAAGCCAGGAGAACUACACCUCCAUUUCUGAUCUCGCCAGGACAAAGAGGGCCUGGACCCUCAACUUCUCCAGAAGACAAGACCCCUCCUUGGGCGAAC